AUAUCCCUCAGCUUGACAGAUGAUGACAUUUUUCGUGAUGACAUUGACAUCUGCCGAGUUGUCUUCUAUCAAAAAUUUGGCUGCUUUUUGAAAGGAAAGGCAGUCACACAUUUUCCUUUAUCAUAAUGGAAAUUGGGAAAUAGUCCAAUAACGUGAUGGCUGGAAAUUUGUCCAGAAUUGUAGCUUUGCAGAAGCAUGCCUUGGGAGGUGCAUCUAUCCCUUGGUCUCGCUAUGCCUUGAUUGCUUGCUAUUCGGCGGGGCCACCACCCCCAGGCACCCCACCUCCACAAACAAAGACCACAUUUGGUAAUUUGGCCGAUGAAGACAGGAUCUUCACCAACCUUUAUGGUAGACAUGACUGGAGACUGAAGGGGGCCAUGAAGCGAGGAGACUGGUACAAGACCAAAGAAAUACUAGUUAAAGGGGCAGAUUGGAUCAUCAAUGAAGUGAAAACGUCUGGAUUGAGGGGGCGCGGCGGGGCAGGUUUCCCCUCUGGCAUGAAAUGGUCGUUCAUGAACAAACCUGGUGAUGGUAGACCGAAGUACCUGGUGGUGAACGCCGACGAGGGAGAACCAGGUACCUGCAAGGACAGAGAGAUCAUGCGUCAUGAUCCGCACAAAUUGGUAGAGGGAUGUCUGAUCGCUGGCAAGGCCAUGGGGGCUAAGGCUGCCUACAUUUACAUCCGCGGCGAGUUCUACAAUGAGGCGUCCAACAUGCAAGUGGCCAUUGCUGAGGCAUACCAAGCGGGCUUUCUAGGCAAAAAUGCUUGCGGUUCUGGCUACGACUUCGAUGUGUUCAUGCACAGAGGUGCCGGCGCAUAUAUAUGCGGCGAAGAAACAGCUCUCAUCGAAUCGCUAGAGGGCAAGCAGGGCAAACCAAGGCUAAAGCCUCCGUUCCCUGCUGACGUCGGUGUGUUCGGGUGUCCCACUACCGUCACCAAUGUGGAGACUGUUGCAGUCGCUCCAACAAUCUGUCGUCGUGGUGGCGUGUGGUUCGCCUCGUUCGGACGCACCCGCAACUCCGGCACGAAGCUGUUCAACAUCAGCGGUCACGUGAACAGGCCUUGCACGGUCGAGGAAGAGAUGAGCAUCCCGCUCAAGGAGUUGAUCGAAAGGCAUGCCGGAGGUGUACAGGGUGGAUGGGACAAUCUGCUCGCUAUCAUCCCCGGCGGUUCGUCCACUCCGUUAAUACCGAAGAAGUGAGUAUCAUGAAACGGAGGACGUCGUUCCCUCCUUACCUCACGGGAAUGCGAUUUAAAUAUUUGUUCACCAUCGACUGCCACGAGUCCUGUAAGGAUUUCUUCCUUCUCGCAGGAAAGGAUGACGGUGUAUGAGCUGCUUGCGACAAUAAUUUGUUUUCAGGGUUUGUGAGGAGGCCAUAAUGGACUUCGAUGGAUUGGUGGCAGUCCAAACGAGUCUUGGUACGGCUGCGAUAAUCGUGAUGAACCAGCAGACGGAUGUGAUCAAAGCUAUUGCCAGAUUGAUCAUGUUCUACAAACAUGAAUCUUGUGGGCAAUGCACUCCAUGCAGGGAAGGUGUGAGCUGGAUGAACAAGAUGAUGUACCGCUUCGUGGACGGCAACGCUCGUCCCGACGAGAUCGACAUGAUCUGGGAGAUCAGCAAGCAGAUCGAGGGACACUCGAUCUGCGCUUUGGGCGACGGUGCCGCAUGGCCCGUGCAGGGUCUGAUCAGGCACUUCCGGCCUCUGAUGGAGGAACGGAUGCAGCAGUUCCACGCCAAUCAGAAAGGACGGGCUGCCUGCUGAGCAGGUAGUACGGGUAUAUUUCAGACAACGUAAGGUAGAUGAGGGCACUGGGGUACUGAAGAGAACAGCUUGCUAGGAUGUUUCAUUUACGUUCUGUGCAUAUCCUUGAUUUUUAUAGGUUAAGAUAGAUUUAUAUCACCCAUUCAAAGAAUGAUUUAUAUUUUAUUGAAUAAUAGUUCUAGUUCCUAGUUUUAGAGUGAUAUAAAUGUGCUAAAAAUGAAGUUACAUAUGACUAUAUUUUUAGCAUACAUUUUUACAAAAAACCUGUCAGAUGUUUGUUUGGUUUAAUAAUGCUUUGCUUUUACAUUUUCCACUUCCCGGAUUGUUUCCGACAUUCGUCUGAAUUAUAUCGUUAUCAAUAUCAGUUCUUUCUCUGUUACCAAGCAAGUUACAGUAAAUGCCAGAGUUAAAGAAUGGGCUCUAAGAGUAAAUGAUGAACAUACGACUAAUACAUUAUUUUAAACAGUUAGUAUUUUGCUGUUUUAAAAUAACGUAAUGCAUUUCAACGUUUAAUAUUCGCUACCUUUUUUAACUUUGGUGCCAGCGUAAUGUGCUUGGUGUACUUCCUUUACAAAUAUUAUGUAAUUGUCGAACUUAGAUAUACAUUUAGGGUAAUAUUAAAUAUAAGUGUGAGGUAUAUUGACUUACUAAAGAAAGGAGAAGGAGUAUAACAAUAUUAUGGUUCGAAAAUUCGAACAAGAAUAGUAUUGAUAGGUUUUUGUUGAUUCAUUUGUUCCGUCUAAGCAAGAUAUGUUUGAUGGACUAUAUGUAUGUCUUCUUGUACUUUUAGUUAUUAUAGUGUCUUUGUUGAAUAAACUGUUUAACAUGUU